CAUGGGCCUGAAUAUAUAUGGAUUUGUGAUUCAUAGGAUAGAAAAUACAAUGUCUUGUAAGCCUCUGUUACAGAAAGAAGAGAACCACUAGUGCCAGUGAUGUGCCUGACUUGUUUCUGCCCACUGUGGCUGCACUGCAGAGGAUGGACCUGAACCUCGACUGGAAACCGUGGGUAGGUCAGAGAAGACCUUGGCAGAAGCAAUAUUGUUAGGGAUGCAUUUGACAGAAAUUAGAGAAUAGCCAGGCUUUUGUGAUAUUGGAUGAGAGUGAAGAUGUCAAGGGUGAUUCCUUGGUUUUGAGCUGGAUGUUUUGUAUGUGCUUUUAACCUGGAGGAGAAAUGAAACAGAAAUAGUCGGACACUUUACAGCGCAACGGUUACUUAAUACUUUCUCUUUUUAUUGCUUCAGCUCUGUCGGACUACGAUUCCCAGAGGCCUGCACGGUACCACAAUACCCUUAGAGUCUGCCGCGUAGAGUUCUGGGAUUUGAAGUCCGCAGCCUAUUUACCCAAGUUAGAGAUAGGGGCCUGUGGAAACAUGAAGAGGGUGAACAGCUGUGUGAAGAGUGAUGAGCAUGUCCUGGAGGAGUUGGAAACAGAAGGGGAGAGGCAGCUGAAAAGCCUCCUUCAGCAUCAGCUUGAUACCUCUGUCUCCAUUGAGGAAUGUAUGUCUAAAAAAGAGAGCUUUGCUCCUGGUACUAUGUACAAGCCCUUUGGGAAGGAAGCAGCUGGAACUAUGACUUUAUCCCAAUUCCAGACACUGCAUGAGAAGGAUCAGGAAACUGCUUCUCUCAGGGAACUAGGGCUCAAUGAAACAGAAAUAUUGAUCUGGAAGAGCCAUGUUACAGGUGAAAAGAGGACAAGACUGAGGGCAACCCCUGAAGCAAUACAGAAGCGUCUUCAAGACAUUGAAGAAAGGAUCUCAGAGCGUCAGCGCAUCCUUUGCCUGCCACAGAGAUUUGCAAAGAGCAAACAGUUGACCCGGCGCGAAAUGGAAAUAGAAAAGUCUUUAUUUCAGGGAGCUGACCGCCAUUCCUUCCUUAAGGCUCUUUAUUACCAAGAUGAACCCCAAAAGAAGAACAAAGGUGAUCCCAUGAACAACCUGGAAAAUUUUUACCAAGAGAUGAUAAUGAAAAAACGUCUUGAAGAGUUCCAACUUAUGAGAGGUGAACCCUUUGCUUCCCACUCACUGGUCUCAGCUACAUCAGUGGGUGAUAGUGGCACAGCUGAGAACCCGUCAUUACUCCAGGACAAGGGAAUACAGGCAGCACAGGGUAAAGGUCCCAGUCUCCAUGUGGCCAAAGUUAUUGAUAAUUCACCUGAGCAGUGUUGGACUGGGCCUAAGAAGCUGACGCAGCCAAUAGAAUUUGUCCCCGAAGAUGAGAUCCAGAGAAAUCGUUUAUCAGAGGAAGAGAUCCGAAAAAUUCCUAUGUUUUCUUCAUAUAAUCCAGGGGAACCAAACAAGGUGUUAUACCUGAAGAACCUUAGCCCUCGGGUGACUGAAAGAGAUCUUGUCUCAUUGUUCGCUCGGUUCCAGGAGAAAAAAGGACCUCCAGUUCAAUUCCGAAUGAUGACUGGACGAAUGAGGGGACAGGCUUUUAUAACCUUCCCCAAUAAGGAGAAAGCAUUGCAAGCAUUGCAUCUAGUAAAUGGAUAUAAACUGCAUGGGAAAAUAUUGGUGAUCGAAUUUGGAAAGAACAAAAAGCAAAGAUCAGAUUUCCAGGAUACUUCCCUCAUAUCAUCUGCUACCAAUAACACUCCAGAAAUCAGUGGCAGCUAGGAGAUAUAUAGAGUGUAAAUCCUGGGAGGUCUUUCUUGCACUAGAAUUAUGGGUCUAGGAUUUGUAUAUAGAUAGUAAUUUUGUUUGGAAUUAAGGAGGAAAAGCUAAGUGGGAGAGAGAAAAAUCUAAUUAAGACAAUACAUUUCAGCUUUUGGAAAGAAUUGGUAAAAAAUAUUUUCUAUAAUCAAAGGCCAUAUAGGACAGACAAUAUGCUGAGUAUGAAGGCUAGGCCACAAAGAAUAUAAUUUUCUCAGGACAAAUUACAAAGGAUUUUUUUCACAGAUUUUUUGUUAGUGUUUAUAAUUUAUCUGGGAUCUUAAGUAUUUAUCCCUAGAGAUGAAAUUCCUUUCAAGACUGCCUCCUGUAUACAGAACUAAAAAGCAAAUGUUGAA